AUGGUGCCAAGCGCCGCUAUCGUAAGGGCAACGCGGACUGGGAUCAGGAAUCAACUCGCCAACAACAUUCAAAAUCACAAGAGUUUCAACAACGACUACGUUCGAUAUCAAGACAUCCAGAAAGCCUGGUCCGGCAACGACACCCUCCAGCGUGUCUUCCAUGCCAGUUUGACGCCAGUACAAGUUAAGCUUAUCACGGAAGACUUGUUGCAAUUUUUGUCAAUUCUUGUUUUCAUCCGCGCCGACGAUUUCUUGGACGGCUUCCCCGGCAGCUUUUUCGAUGAGGCAGAACGUCUGCUGUACAAGGACUCGCGCCUACCAUUUAGGGACAAUCAAGUGCCACCCUUUGAGGACCUCGUUCUUUGCCGAGACUUCUUCAAUUCCCAAUUCCUCUUCACGCCACAGCCGCUGUUCGAGUCCCCAACAGUACAAACUAUUGACGACCAGCGCCGACUUCCUUUCGAAGUAAUCUCAGAAGGUGUUUUUGGGGGCGCAUACGGAAGAGUCGACAAGAAAGGUAUAUCACCAUUUUACUUCAAUACCUUGGAUAACAAUCAAAACCACCAGGUCAAAUUUGUUGCCUGCAAAACAUUUUAUCCCUCAAAUCUCUCAGGUCAAGAGGCGAAGCGCGAGCUGGAUAACUUGCAAGUCUUGAAGACGAGCAGAACAUCCCAUGGUCAUAUCCGAACGCAUGUGGUGAUUUUAUUUUACAGGGGUCAACAUCACAUUCUAUUGCCAUGGGCCGACCACUUUGACCUCGACUUCUUCCUUCGCGAAGGCUACCCAUAUUCAGGCGAACCACUGUACGACUUCAAAUUACGCUUUCCAAAAAUCCAUUCGGCAACAAUACUACAAGAUACAUGCAGACAAAUGUUUUACAUUUCCGAAGCCCUUGAAUGGCUUCAUAAGGGCAUCCCGGGGCACCUCCAAAGGCGCGUUCACUUUGCACAUAUGGACUUGAAGCCAAAUAAUAUUCUUAUUGAUAGGGAUGAGGGUUCAACUGUAGGAAAGUGGAUACUGACAGAUUUUGGCAUCUCAACCUUCAAAGAAGAUGACGAGGCAGCCUCUGCCGAUCUUGUGUCGUUGGGAAAUUUAACCUUCAGAACGAGUCCUGCUCGUCUGCCAGGCGCCUACCAACCUCCAGAGACAGAAAAGACAGACCAGAGAAGCGCAGGAAGAAGAGGGGACAUCUGGGCCUUUGGUUGCAUCUUUGCCGAGGUGCUUAGCUUUGCACUGGGUCGAAAAGCUGCCGUGGAGGAGUUUCGGGUGAGUCGGAAGCAGAUUCAGAACAUGGACGAUGCUCCGGAAGGCCAAAACAGAUACAGAAACGAUUUCUUCUACGAGGAGUAUAAAGAGAAUGUGCAGAUGAACGGGAGACUUGGUGCACGGAUCCGGCAGUCCUACCGUCUUCGAUCCGGUGUUGACCAAUGGUUACGCAAGCUACCCACACGAUACGCGAACACGAACAGGACUAUCGACUGCUGUGUUCAAACCAUUCGUGACAUUCUCGAAGUAGACGGCUCAAAAAGGCUCGGAGCUGAGCGUCUGGUCAAGAAGAUGGAGCAUGUCGUACAACAUGUUGGCAAUGCUCGUAAACCUGAUAGCCUUCUAAAGUGUCCACUAGAAUGGUCAAAACUCCAGAGCCCUUUCGACGUGCCUCUUCUAGAUCUACCCGAUGUAUCACAGCCAAAAGAAACGAAGCCGCUGCCUUCCAUCAAACUAACCGCAUCCGGGAUCGACUUCCCUGCUCGACCGCUUCACUUCAAUCGCAAAACCGGAUUUCACCGCCGACUUUUCUUCCUGCUGGACAAGAAAUUCGUCCAAACGAUGUUCAUGGCCAGAAUUAUCCGCCUUCUGGUCGCCGUGACUUGA